CGGAGGCGCCUCGGCGCGCGUGCGCGCCACAGGCCAGGCUGCGACGCCUAGUGGCCUGCGGCCUGCGCGCGCGCGCUUUCCUCUCGGUGCCGACCCCGUGCGCUGAGGUGGCCCCUGUGCCAGUGAAAGAUGGAGGAGGCCACCGUGGCGCUGGUGGGGCUCUCGCUGCUGCUUGGCGCCGUCGUCCUCUGGCUGCUGCUGGGGCGGGGGGCGCCAGGCAAGACGGAGGCCCAAGCAGCUGAGGAGAAAAGCAGGCCGCGCGACGAUCAGAAACUGAAUGGUGAAGCAGCCAAUAAGACCUCGGGCCUGAAGAAACAGAAGCAGCACCAGCGAGCCCGCAAAGAGAAGCCCCAACAGCACUCUUUCUCACACCCACUCCUGGCUGCAGCUCUCAAGGGCCACAGCGGAAGUGUCACCUGCCUGGACUUCAGCAGCAACGGGAAGUACCUGGCGUCCUGCUCUGACGACCGCACUGUCCGCAUCUGGAGCACCAAGGACUUCUUGGAGCAAGAGCACCGCUGCAUGCAGGCCAACGUGGAGCUGGACCACGCCACUCUGGUCCGCUUCUACCCAGAUUCCAGAGCCUUCGUCAUCUGGCUGGCAAACGGCGACACCAUCCAAGUCUUCCGAAUGGCCAAGAAAGAGGACGGCAGCUUUACGUAUGUUGCGACCCCGGAGGAGUUCCCCAAGCAGCACAAAGCCCCUGUCAUCAACAUUGGAGUGGCCGGUACAGAGAAGUUCAUCAUGACCGCCUCCAGCGACACCACCAUCCUGAUCUGGGACCUGAAAGGGGAGAUCCUGGCUAGCAUCAACACCAACCAGAUGAACAACGCCUAUGCAGCAGUGUCGCCGUGUGGGAGGUUUGUUGCAUUGUGUGGCUUCACCCCCGUCGUGAAAGUUUGGGAGGUGUGUUUCAGCAAAGGCGGAGACUUCCGGGAGGUGGCCCGGGCUUUUGAGCUGAAGGGGCACAAGGCAGGCAUCUGCUCCUUCUUUUUCUCCAACGACUCUCGGCGGAUGGCGACCAUCUCCAAGGACGGCACGUGGAAACUGUGGGACACGGACGUCGAGUACAAGAAGCAGCAGGAUCCGUACCUGCUGCUGACGGGCAAGUGCGAGGUGGCGGAGCCCUGCCGCAUUGCUUUGUCCCCUGACGCCCGGGCCCUGGCCAUCUCAUGCUGCACCGACAUCUUCAUUUACAACACCCGCCGGGGCGAAGAAGAGGAACGCUUCGAGGCAGUCCACGGGGAGCCCAUCACAGACUUGGCCUUUGACGUGAACAGCCGCUUUCUGGCCUCCUCUGGGGACCGGGCCAUCCGUGUCUUCCACAACACCGUCGGCUACCGUGCUGUGUUGGAGGAAAUGAAGGCCCUGCUGAAGAAGGCCACCAACGAGUCCACCAGGCAGAGACUGCAGCAGCAGAUCACAAGUGCCCAGGAUGCACUGGCCAGCAUCUAUGCCAAGACCACCUGAGUCCUCCUAGCGGGAAACAGGUCCUUCCACGCAGACUUGGGCCCGGGAUUUUAAUCAUGCAGGGUGAGAGCUAAUAAAAAUUAAUUUUUGCACAA